CUGGACCAGAACCUUGACUUAGACCUAAAUAUAACUUUAAUGAAGACAAACUGUUUUAAUCAACAGUCUGUGGUGAAGCAAUGCAUGAUGGGAUAUGUAGGUCUGUCUGGUUUUCUGCUUUGUUUUUCUUUCUUUGAAGCUUAAACGGACUCUGCAGCAGUUCUUCAGCUGCCUGGACCGGUUCUGGUUCUUCCUGAUGUUGACAGCCUGAAAGAGGAUCUCAGGUUCUGGUUCUGGUUCUGGUCUGGAGCUUUUCAAAUGCAGAUAGUCUCUGCUGGACAGGGUUUAGUUUUUGUAAACCUGACCCAGCUUUUUAGAGUUUUAGGAAAAUAUUUGGAGGAAAGAAAGAGUUUAAGCUUGUGGUUCUGGUUCUGCUGGGAGGAGGAGUGUUGGUUCUGGUUCUGCUGGGAGGAGGAGUGUUGGUUCUGGUUCUGAGGGAGGAGGAGUGUUCUGGGCUGUGAGGAGAAAAGCAUCAGGAGGAAUGAAGCUGGACUCUCUGCUGCACUGAUUGGCUGACGUCGCUGCGAUGGCUCACCUGUUCCUCGCCGGAGAGGUCGCCAUGCCGAAGGAGCUCUACGUCAAAGGCGGGGCCAGGAUCCCGAGGACCGCCGUGAGGAUACCCACGUCCAUCUCUGCGGAGAAGCUGAGUCGGGACAGGGUCCGGAGGGAAAGUGGGGUCGUCGUGACGACACGCGUCCCCCACGUCAAUGAGGUGCAGCUGGCGGCGGCGACCGGCGGCGCCGAGACGUCCUGCAGCCGCUGCCUGGUGCCAUUCGGAGCAGUGGUCUUUAUCACCGGCGUGGUGGUGACGGCGGUGGCCUACACAUUUAACCCCCACGGGUCCAACAUCUCUGUCCUGGGGCUGGUUCUGCUCGCUGUCGGACUCUGCCUGGUGGGGUCCAGCGCUGUCUGCUGGAGAGUCCGACUGAGGAGAAGGAGGAGGAGGGACAAACGCAGGGAGAGUCAGACCGCCCUGAUGGCCAGUCAGAGGUUCUACGUCGCUUGAAGUCUUCGUCGUCAUCAGCUCUUUGUUUCUGCAGCUCACUGGGCCAGCACAACCAGAACCAGAAAUUAUAGGCCUGCUUUCUGUCCCUGUUGUCUUGGACUGUUGGUUGUAUUGGUUCUGAGUGAUGACCUUUGACCUUUUGUAUCAGACGAAGCCAGCAAAUGUUUGAUGAACCAACCCAGUUUAUGAUGUCAAUGUUCAGAACAAACCAAUCGGGUCAGAGUGACACGAAUAAUGAUCUCUGGUUCAAUCAGGUUCUGAUGACGGGUCCAUAAGUUCUAACCUCCGUCUGAUGGUACUUUGGGUUUGGUUAUGAAUGUCUCCACAAUGUCUCCAGUGUCUUUAAAAUGUCUCCAUAUCUUUGGAGUGUCUCCUGAUUAUCUCCAGAUUGUUUUCAAAAUGUCUCCAGAAUGUCUCCUACAUGUCUUCUGAAUGUCUCCAGAAUGUCUCCUACAUGUCUUCUGAAUGUCUCCAGAAUGUCUCCUACAUGUCUUCUGAAUGUCUUCAGAAUGUCUCCUACAUGUUUCCUGAAUGUCUUCAGAAUGUCUCCUACAUGUCUUCUGAAUGUCUCCAGAAUGUCUCCUACAUGUCUUCUAAACUGUCUCCAGAAUGUCUCCUACAUGUCUUCUGAAUGUCUCCAGAAUGUCUCCUACAUGUCUUCUGAAUGUCUCCAGAAUGUCUCCUAUAUGUCUUCUGAAUGUCUCCAGAAUGUCUCCUACAUGUCUUCUGAAUGUCUCCAGAAUAUCUCCUACAUGUCUUCUGAAUGUCUCCAGAAUGUCUCCUACAUGUCUUCUGUAUGUCUCCAGAAUGUCUCCUAUAUGUCUUCAGAAUGUCUUCUGAAUGUCUCCUACAUGUUUCCAGAAUGUCUCCAAAAUGUCUCCCACAUGUCUUUUGAAUGUCUCCUACAUGUCUUCUGAAUGUCUUCAGUAUGUCUCCCACAUGUCUUCUAAAAUUUCUUCAGAAUCUCUCUUAUUGUCUCCUACAUUUCUUCUGAAUGUCUUCAGAAUGUCUCCCACAUGUCAUCUGAAUGUCUCCAGAAUGUCUCCAACACGUUUCCUGAAUGUCUUCAGAAUGUCUCUUACAUGUUUCCUGAAUGUCUUCAGAAUGUCUCCUACAUGUCUUCUGAAUGUCUUCAGAAUGUCUCCUACAUGUUUCUUGAAUGUCUUCAGAAUGU